AUGGCGGCGUUUGAAGUUGGACCAGAGGACAUGUAUGCUGCACCUGAGUAUAUCAAGGACGGCAGUGCAGACCACGACUACGGGCUUAUUCGCCUUCCAGGACGUGACCCUUGGGGCUUGGGUUGUACAUCUCUUCCUGACGGCGAACUGGAAAACCGUAUUGUUACCAACUGUGGGUUUCCAGGCGACAAGCCAGAAAACACCAUGUGGAUCACGGGAGGAAAAAUUACUAGUGUCACAGCCGACAGGAUUUUCUACAUGAAUGACACUGCGGCUGGUCAAAGUGGGAGUCCAGUCUACACGUGGGCUGGUGGAUACUGGAGAGUGGUCGGAAUUCACAGCUAUGGAGGUUGCCCCAACUCUGCUCCGCGUGUCACGACGACGAUGAUUUCCCGUCUCAUUUCCUUUGUAAAGGCAUAA